AAGAGUGAAAUGAGUGCAAUAUUUUGCUUAUUAGGCAUCAAUUUCAGCUGUAUUAAAUUGUGAAUAAUUAAGCAACCUAAAUAGCUUUUGAUUCCGGCUUGCUUGCCCAUGAGCAAAUUUUCCUUAUAAAUACCACCUCUGGAUGACUCGAUCCAUUUUCCCUCUUAUUGGGCCAGUGCUGUCAAACACCAAGCGCGGCCCAUUAUAUAUAAACCAGGCUCGAACCAGAACCCGACCCGAUAUCAAUCUCCUCUUAAUUAACUUUCAAUUCCAGAAAAUUAGGUCAGUCAAUUCCCCAAAAUUCAUCAGCGCUAUGGGAGGCCAUGGAGGUUUAAACAUCCUCCCACAAAAACGAUGGAACGUAUACAACUUCGAUAACCGCGAAAAAGUUAAACGCGACGAAGAAGCCGCCGCUAAAGAGGAGCAGCUCAAACAGGAACAAUCUCGCAAGCGCGAUUCCCAAUACCGCCUCGAACAGCUCCGUCAAGCUCGCCGCGGUUCAGCCUCAUCAUCAUCGGCGCCGGAUCCAUCGGCUUCGACGGAGGAGCCGGCGGAGAAAUCGGCGGGAAAGAAGGAGUCGGAUUCGAAGCACAUCAACUUGUUCGAAGGGAUUAGAAUAUUCGACCCGGUAAAAGACGGAAGAGAGAAGAAGAGAGCGAAGAAAGAGGAAGCGGUGAGAGUGAUUGCGCCGGAGGAUGAAAAGUAUAGGUUAGGUUAUGGAAUUGUUGGUAAAGGAACGAAACUGCCAUGGUAUAUGGAGAAACGGAAAAAUGAUGAUGAUGAAAAGAGUGAGGAAGAUAAUGGUGAUGAUUCGAGGAGUGUGAAGAAGAGUAGUAAUGGGAAAAAGACGGUGGAGGAAUUGCGGAAAGAGCGGUUGGAGAGGGAGAGGAAGGAGAAGGGAAGAGAAAGAGCAUUGUUAAUGGAGAAGAGUAGGAGAGAUGGAGGAUUCUCACGUAGAAUAUGAGGGCAAUGGGCACAAAAGAAGUGAUCUGUCGAAUCUAUCGUUCUCCUAGAGCACUUGAGGAAAACGCAUGGAGAUGCAGUUCAAUUCUUGAUUAUGUUUAUUUUCAUUUCCCCGAAAGACGUGGAAUAAGUUCAAUGCUUGCAUUGUAUCUACUUUGGUUUGGCAAGCGCCCCCGAAAGACGUGGAAUAAGUUCAAUGCUUGCAUUGUAUCUACUUUGGUUUGGCAAGCGCAUGGUGUUGAUUGGAGAGUCUUUAUCCUGUUCAGAUACCAAGCUAUGCUGAGGAAACUGGCGCUAAUUCGGUUGGAGAGGCCUGAUUGACCUGAGAGGGGAUUAUGACAUUCUUGCAUUGUCCGGGUUGAUAGUUUCUGAAAGUGAUGAGUCACAAACCAAUCCAACAGCUCACAAACACACACACAAGCUGGUGCUUGAAGUGUUCUGAGCAGUUCCAUCCUUUAAAACAUUGAAUGUCUUGCUUAUAGAGUCGCAGAGUGACAGACACCUACUGAGUCUUAGGAAUGAGAACCUCAAACUUGUUUAUGUCUAGCCGUAUGUUGAAACUGACUUCUACUUCGACUGAUAUUCUUAUAGAUAUGUGAUUUUACUGUA